AUGGGCCAAUACCUGGAGACCUUCGGCCCGGGUCCCUACCACAUGGCCUUUGGCGUAUCUGACAUCGCCGAUAAGGCCGCCACCCUGGCGGGCAAGGGGAACGAAAUGCGCGGCGAAAACGGCAUGUCCCAGAGCGCGGAGGGAUACCUGACCGCCAACAUCGCCGCAACCAGCGGCUUGGGCUAUCCCUUCCAAAUCGCAGAAGGGUAA